AUGUUUUGCGAGGCCUGCGGAACAAUUACUAACAUUUACCCUUUUUUUAGGCAAGUGGUCCAAGGUGGAAUGGUCAUUGAUACGAAUACAAAAAAGAUAGUGGCAGCUGUUGACGAUGCGAAUAAGCAGAAAGACUCGUCGUCCUAUUCUUCAAGCAGAUCGCUUCCUUCGGCGUUGUCUGCCUUGGGAGGUGUGACCAACAGUGCUGGGGCCGCGAGUAUUGGUUCCAGGUUCUUUGGUAGUUGGGGGAGUUGA